AGAGAUUUAGAGGUGAAGACACAAAAGCACUAUCAGACUUCUUUGAUCUUCUGAAAAUGGAUAAUAAUUCUGGAAAGGAAACUCGCGAAGGAGCUGUUCCAGCGUCGUCGUCUCUCAAUCGCAUCGAUCUCUCCAUCCCUGACAUUCACAAAUCUGUUUCUCAACUCAAACAGGCAUGCUUGGAUACAGGUUUUUUCUAUGUGAUAAACCAUGGUAUUAGCCAAGAAUUGAUUGACGAAGUUUUCGUCCAAAGUAAAAGGUUUUUCAAUCUACCUCUUAGCGAGAAAAUGAAACUUCUUAGGAAUGAGAUAUUUCGUGGUUACACGCCUAUGUUUGAUGAGCAACUUGAUCCCGGAAAUCAAAUUCAUGGAGAUUAUAAGGAAGGAUAUUAUAUUGGCGUUGAAAUAGCUGAAGAUGAUCCUGCAGCAAAUAGGCCAUUUUCUGGACCAAACGUUUGGCCUAGUUCAGAUAUCUUACCUGGAUGGCGGGAAACAAUGUAUAAAUAUCAUCAGCUUGCACUUGGAGUAGCAAGACGUGUAGGAAGGAUAGUAGCGCUUGCACUUGACUUAGAGGAGGGUUACUUUGAUAGUAGUGAAAAUCUUGGGGAGGCUAUGGCAACCUUAAGGCUACUUCGCUAUCAAGAUUGUGUUUCUGAACCAGAAAAGGGAAUAUAUGGUGCUGGUGCACAUUCUGAUUUUGGCUUUCUCACUCUCUUGGCAACAGAUGAUGUAGCAGGCUUACAAAUAUGCAAGGAAAAAGAUGCUAUACCUCAAAAAUGGGAGAAUGUGCCACCUUUACGAGGAGCUUUUGUUGUAAACAUUGGCGACUUACUUGAACGCUGGAGUAACUGCAUCUUCAGAUCAACUUUGCAUCGGGUCAUCGGGAAUGGUCAAGAAAGAUACUCUGUGGCAUACUUUGUGGAGCCUAGUGACGAUUGUCUGGUAAAAUGCUUGCCAACGUGCCAGUCAAUGCAAAACCCUCCCAAGUUUCCACCAAUCAAAUGCAUAACUUACUUGCAGCAGAGGUACAAGGAUACACAUGCAGACAUCAAUUCAUAUUGAUGAUCGAUCGACCUGUCUUUUCCGGAGCCUCUCAUCUUAACUCUAGUUCGUAUCAGGAUCUGAAUGAUUCUCGAUCCUAACUUAUCUAGCUACUAAGGCUGUCUUUGUUUAUAUUUAGAUAAAUUAUAAGAAUAAAAGAUACUUUAAUAUAUAAGCCUCUGCUAUUCUGGUGUUGCUAAAAAACAAGUGGGG